AGAAGCAGCUGAAGGACGAUGCCAGUAAGAGCGAUCCGAACAAGUACUUUGCCGUGCACCUGACGCCGGAGCAGGUGCACCUCUCGCUGGGCGCUUUGCCGGACGAGUUUGUGGUGACCUGGGUGACGCUGAACCAGACGGCCACGCCCUCCAUGGUCAAAUUUGGCCUGGUGAACACCGGCGAGCGGGUGGCCACCGGCACGGUGACCGCCUUCACCGACGGCGGACCGCUGAAGAUGGUCCGCUCGGACAGCUGGAGCAACCUCUACCGCUUCAAGACGCUGCCCGCGAAGAAGGUCGGCCCCGAGUGGACGCUCAACCUGCUCAUCUUUGGCGACCUGGGCAACGGCCAGGCGAAGACGCUGUCAAUGCUCCAGGAUGAGGUGGAGUUUCGGAGGCCUGAUUUGGUGGUACAGGUGGGCGACUUUGCCUACAACUUGGAGGACGACAAUGGCCGCAUGGGCGACGCCUUCUUCCGCGACAUUGAGCCGAUCACCACACAGCGGCCGUUUCAGGUGUGCGUCGGCAAUCACGAGGCAGCUUACAACUUCUCCCACUACGACCACCGCUUUUCGAUGUACUCGGCGGGCAACCCUGAGAAUACUAGCAACUGGUACUGGAGCCAGAACAUCGGCAACGUCCACCUGGUGGCGCUCAGCACCGAGUUCUACUAUUUUCCCGAAUUUUUCGGGCAGCGAGGGCUGCAGGCGCAGGCGCAGUACCGCUGGCUUCAGGAGGAUCUGAAGAGGGCCAAUUUGCCGGAGAAUCGCCGCCGCUGGCCGUGGAUUGUCACGCUGGGCCAUCGGCCAAUGUACAAUGAGUUCUACGUUAAUGAUAAGAUCCGCGUCGGCGAUGCCAACUUUCCCGGCCUGGAGAAGCUCUUUUAUGAGAACGGCGUGGACCUUGCCUACUGGGGCCACGACCACAUCUACGAGCGCAUCCUUCCGGUCUACAACCGAAAAGUACUCAACGGUAGCUCCAGCGGUGAUCCGUACCGCAAUCCGAAAAGUCUGGUCCACCUGACGACGGGCUCAGCGGGUUGCAUCCUCGCUCCGCCGGCACUCAAUCCGCAUCGGCCGGACUACAGCGCCUACGCCAACGCCGACUACAGCUACACGCGAAUGGCCGUCUUCAAUGACACCCACCUUAAGGUGGAGCAGAUCUCACAGAAUCAGGCUGGCAAGGCAAUCGACGAGUUCUACCUAGUCAAAGAGAAGCACGGCCCCUAUGAGCCGGUCAAUUAG